GUUCUCGUGGAAGCACCAACCGUGUGCCGAGAGCUAACUGUGUCAAGAAGAGCAUGCUUCAGUUGGCUGGUGUGAGCAAUUCGACUUGUGGAGGAGUGAGAAAUGACAGCAAGGCCGAGGAGAAUGGCUCCGACAGCUUCAUGCACUCCAUGGACCCACAGCUGGAGCAGCAAAUGGAAACCACCCAGAACCUGGUGGACUCCUGCAUGGCCAUUGUCAACAAGACCGUGUGGGACCUCAUGGUUGGUGUCAAGCCCAAGACCAUCAUGCACAUCACGAUCUACAACGUACAUGCACCGCCUCAUGGGGACCAAGGAGUUCAUCUUCUCAGAGCUGCUGUCCAACCUGUACUCGCGGGGGGACCAGAACACGCUGAUGGAGGAGUCGGCAGAGCAGGCACAGCGGCGCGACGAGAUGCUGCACGUGCACCACAUGCUGAAAGAGGCUCUCAGCAUCAUCCGCGACAUCAACACGACCACCGUCAGCACAGCUACAGGGGCCCGUGGACGACUCCAAGCUGCAGGGUCCCUUCAGAGGGUCCUGGGCUUUCCGACUGCCCAGAGGGGCUCCGGCGAUCACUCCAGCCAUCCAUCCCUUUUACCUUCAUCAUCCUGGUUCAAGCGGUGUUCCUUCUCUAUCAGGCCUGA